GCCUCAAAUUAUCAGCUCAGUGUGCCAAAUAGUUCCGGCUGGCUAACAAUUAACUUCAGUCCAUGGCUCUGUCACCGCUGUCUGGUAUGAGGAUGAAGAAUCUUCUUCUGGGGGUUAUUCUUGGACUUCUUGCUGUUGUCCACACAACACCUGUUGAUACUGUGACCCAGAUCCCCACCAAAGCUGAGGAUGUUGUUUUCCGAGAGGCCAUGACGGAAGGGUUCCUCCUCGAAAAUCCUUUUCAACUUUCCCUCACAACUGAGUCACCCAAAAGAAACGCGACGGCCCCCGCUUCCCCGCAGCCGUUCUCCGAGCCCGAGGGGAGCGCCGCGGGGAGCGACAGCGAGGAGACGACGACCUCGGUGUUUGUCCGGCAUGGAGGUGACCACUACACAUCUACAACCCAAAGCCCUCAGCCUGACUUUACCUCUUCACCUGUGCCAAAUGAAGCCCAGUCAAGCGUCACCCCGGACCACGCUCCGGCCUCUCAAACCGCUGUCUCCAUCUUUGACUUCCUGAGCACUCUGGAUUCUGAUCUAGAGUCUGUGAACAGAGAUGUGUCCACUGUGACCUCUAGCUCCACCACAGAAACCAGCACUGCUUCAACCAGCUCCACAGCUGACGUUAUCGAACACAAGGCGCCAUGGCUGUUCGCAGAUAAUGAGGGAUCAGGAUCAGGAUCAACACAAGAAACCAGCACCGCACCCUGGACCUCCACAGCUGAUGUUACCAGACACGUGGCUCCACGACUGUUCACAGAAAGUGAAGGAUCGGGAACAACACAGGAAACCAGCACCACACCAUCGACCUCCACAGCUGAUGUCAUCAGACACGUGGCUCCACGACUGUUUGCAGUAACUGAAGGAUCAAAACCAACAGAGGAAACCAGCUCCGCUCCAUCGACCUCCACAGCUGAUGUUACUGUAAACGUUCCAGAGGUGCUUGUAAAUGAAUCCGUGAUCAAAAGCAUAAGUAGCCCAUUCACUGAUGGUAAAUAUCCGAUAUCCAAUAAUUAUGUGUGCAAUCGAUAUCAUUAUUGUCUUUACUAAGAUUUUAACUCUGUGUUUUUUAUGUUUCUCUACGUCUAGUGGAGAAACAGGAUACUGCAUCACCCCAGAACAAAGGACACGUAACGCCAGACUGGAUCAUCAUCGUUGGUUUUCUUGUCGGUGUUGCAGCAUUGACAAUGGUCUGCGUUGCCAUCGCUACCAGAGAAAAGUGGAACGGACCAAAGCAGGUAUCCCAGCCACAGACACAAACCGUCUCCUCAAACCAGAAGAGGGAGCUAGAGAUGGAGACAUUUCUGCACAAAGAGGAGCCCAGGGAGAACGGGAAGGCAGCAGAGUACACAGUCAUCCCUCUGGACGAGCUUCCAGAGAGCUACUCAUCACACUGAGCUUCACAGACAGACCCUCUGGAGGCUGGAGACUCAUCACAGAACCACAAGACUGUGUUUGGAGCGGAUGAAUUUGAUCAGAGGAACAUAACUGCCAGGGCUGUUGAGCAAAAAAACAAAAGGUUUCUGUGGCCUUUCACGGCUCGGAGCCCUUCCUGAUCGAGACUCUUGGUCUGGUUUUUCCUGCCGGCUUUUAAAAGCUGUCACCACACCUUCACUUUGAAGCUGCUGCAAUACUUUGGUUGACGUAUUUGUUUCCGAAUCAGCUCUGUCAUUAACUGUAAAAUAACAAAACUAGUCGGGUAAGAUGCACCAAUGCCAUUUAUGUGAAAUAUAACUGGAAAGUCUUUCCAGUGUCAUUGUAAAUAUUUUUUUUUUUUUCCAGAAAAUCCCUCUGUGUAUUUCAGUGUCUUUGCUGUAAUAUAAUUUAAUAUCUUUGUAAUAAUGUUAUUAAAGUCAUGGGUUGUAACUUAUAUUAAGCUGCUCUUUUCCCCACAUUCAUUAUGGAAGCUCUGAGUGCUGAACAGUGCUCAGUGCGCUAACUCGUUAGCUUCUCUCGACAACCUACACGGCACUUCAGCUGUCGUUAACAUGCAUUUCAUUGAAUGUUCACAUGCCGCGCGACAUCCGCCCUCAUCUGAGGAAUAAACACAGCGGCAACUCUUCAAUAAACAUUUAUUUGUGUUUAAUAUUUACACACAAG